UGUAGUUUUCUUUCAGCUCUUAAACCCUCACAGCAGUGUGUGGUGGCUCACAGAUGUUUACAAACACUGGAUUAUAACUUCAACAGAGACGGAUGAGGACGGAGAGACGUGGCAGCAGAAAUGAAGUUUUACAUAGUUCGAGACACUAUGAUCCUUAAGCAGGACUGUGGGUUGCACAAGUAAAUCAACUUCAGUAAAGCAUCUCUACACAUUUCUACUGAUAAACGUCAUCAUACCGUCCAGCCCUAAUGAAGCAUCUCAUGUUCAAUAAAAGUCACGGCCUAAAAACAUCCACAGACAUAAAGACUGAUGAAGAAAGAUGAAGAAGUGUUUUAUGUUGCGAGCGUGUCUUCUGCUGUCUCUGCUGUGUAUCUGCGCUCACAUCUACGUGGAGUUCAAAGACUUUUGGCUGAAGGUUUUUGGACCCCAAAAACCAGUGUCGUACCUCACGAGUCACAAGAACGUUUCCAAGCCAACAUCUGCUUUGAGAGAUGCUGGAUCGAAGUGUUGUCCACCAGUGAAACAUCUCAGAAAGAUUCAUCGAUGGAAGAUUAAACUCGAACCAUGGGCCACCGCAAAACACAGCCUGGAGGAAGAAGCAAACAGAUUCCUUACAUAUAUCUCUACACCAAAGGUGUCCUGUGAGAGACCCGAGUCUGGCCUGUCCAUGUUUGACAGAGAGGAUAAUGAGUCCUGGGUUCUGUGUUUGGACCGCAGAUACAGUCUGACUCAGCGCAUUGUCUCUAAACAGUGCAGGGUUUACUCGCUCAGGCUGGGAUCAGAAGAUGAUCGACUGGAGCGGGCUUUAGCGGGUUCAGGGUGCGAGGUUCACUGUUUUGAUCCCAGUAUUAGAGGAGCUCAUCUACAGGACUCAAACAUGUGGCUCCACAAACUCUCUGUAGACUGGCGUGAUCCAAACCCAGCGGUACCGCCACAGAGACAACACAGCAGUACCAAGAAACUCGCCACCAUCCUUAAUGACUUCGGCCAUAGACGGGUGGACGUCUUGAAGGUGGACAUGGAAAGUGCAGAAUGGAAGAUUUUAGAGAAUUUGAUUCUAGAAGAAGUAUUGGAUUCAAUCGGCCUGCUGCUUCUAGAGGUGCACCUGCACUGGGCGGGGUUCGAGGUGGGCGGAGAUGAGCCGUCUGUGGUACGCUAUUGGUUCAGCCUGCUCAGGGAGUUGGAGCGUGCUCAUUUUCUCUUGUACCACAGCUACAGUGAUUCAGCGAAAGCACACGUCUUCUUACACAGAAACUUCAAGAACACAAGCAGCUCUUACAUACUGGGCUGGGUGAACACUCAAUUUUUCUCACUAUGAUAAGAGUCACGAGUCGAGUGUUAUGCUUUAAUGGUUUCUCUGUGGAUGUGUGUGCUGUUAUAAUGGCCUACAUUAUUUUGAGAGGGACCUUGGAGAUGGGAAUUGUCUCCUAGAGCUCAUCGGGAUCAUCAGAUAACACAUGUGGGGGAACUGUGGUCGUAUCGGUCCCUGGCUGCUGUCAAACAGGGUUGGAUUAUUUUUCUAGAUUAAAGUGGAACUCUGUGCUAAAAUAAGCUUUAUUUUUUCUAUGUGGGAUUAUUUUUGUACCUUCAUUUUCUUUCAGAUGCUGUUGUCGUACAGUGAACAUUUCCAAUGGAUUAGAACAAAUCUUAUAAACUAGUGAUGCACCGAAAUUUCAGCCGCCGAAAAUGGCAUUAUCGGAAAAUAUAAACGAAAAAUAAAUAAAUGUAGCUCCGCCUCUCCUGUCAGUGCUAAGUGUUAUGUUGGAUUCACACCAAACGCGGUAGAGGAGGCAAAAACGCGCUGUAUUCACACGUUGUUGGACGCUUCAACAUUUUGAGUUUACUCGCUUCAUUUGCACGUGAAAUUCUAGUCAUUCGAGACGUUCUUGUGGAAAUUCGCGUCAUGGGAGGGGCUUUUGCGACUCCGCUCACUUCCUUUAAUCACAUCACUACUAAAGCAAGCUCCUGGUGAGAUUUUUCGCCAAAGUUCAGAUUUUUCAACUCACACGUUUCGGGCGGCAACGCUCAAUUCUCGUCAUUCACGCGAACUAGAUGUGCGAAUGAGGCGGAUUCGCGUCUACUGCACUUAACGCCUCACUCGCACCGCGAGACCUCCAGACACGCGUAUACGCGUCUUUACAUUGACUUAACAUUGAAAUCACUCGCGCUUGAUGCCUCUACCGCGGCUGGUGUGAACACAGCAUUAGGGUUGUGCUGAUAUACGAUACUAUUUUCUAUAGACGAUAGUCAAACAUAUGGCUGACAGUGGGCCUUUGUGAGGAUAGUUGGCAUGUUUGCCCAUUAUAGUUUUAAAUUAUUAUUAUAAUGCUUGACAUAUGCGCUUUCUUUAGAGGUUGGUGGGCACACAGGGGUUUAAAACCAGCAAAUGAACUGUUCCCGGUUCCUGGCACGCAAGUGAAUGGGCAUCAAUGACGCACUCGGAUUAAUGGCAUCAGGUUUAACAAGGUUGCGGUUGUGACAGUGUUGUCAAAUCAGCUUUUUUUGUCCGCCAAUCCAGUGGAUUAUAUUUAAUAAGUAAACUAUUGCCCCGCCCCAAACAAAAUAGUGUAUCGCAAUCUCAUAGGCUGAUGAUAGGACGAUCUCACUAUGGAGCAUAUCACCCAACACCACUAAGUGUCUUACCUAUUGUUUUUAUUAAAAUAAUUGUAUAUUAUAACUUAAAGGCGGGGUGCACGAUUUUUGAAAAAAGCUUUGGAAAAAGGAGUCGGGCCGACUACCAAAACACACUUGUAGCCAAUCAGCAGUAAGAGGCGUGUCUACUAACCAACAUCAUUGCCUGGGUUGCAUGUGUGGGGCGGGUCUAUCAAAAGAAGGUCCAGAUUCUGUUUUGCGUACUACAGUUUUCUAGAACGUCACAUCAAAAAGCUGUUGAAUUUGAUAGUCGCAUAAAGUAUAGUUUGUUUUUACCUGUAUGUUUAAAAGUACGUGCAUGGCUGGAAAGCAUAGUUUAUUUGUACACAGACGUUUGAUGCAUGAGCAUUGCGACAAAAUGCAAACACGUGUAUUGGGCUACAUACUACUGUAAGUGCAUGCGCAACCUACACUUACAAAGUAUGCAUCCGGACCCUACUGUACAUGUAAAACCGUAACUAUACUUGUAACUUAAAAUUAAAUUAAGUUGUAUUUUUUGUCUAAUUUUGGUGUUACUUUCAAAAAAGUGUGACUAUUUUAUUGGUUUGUAGUUUUUCCAACUCACCAAAUCAAUAUGUUUUAUAAAUAACUUUUUAAAGGGCCAUUUUCAGUUUAGGUUUUCAGCCAAGCGCAUCCAGAAUUUUGGCCCAGAAUUUUCAUUUCGGUGGAUCACUACUUUAAACACAAGCUUUAAUAAGUAAAAGUGAAUGUUAGUGUUAAUCUGCUCUUCUUAGUUAUCAGAUACCUCACCUGCUUUCAGCUGGGUCGACAUACUUUAAACAUCUAUCUAAGAUGCUUUAAUAAAGUCUAUAUAUAACUUGUUUAUACAAGUAUCAUAUUUGACAAUAGUUUCAUUUUUUU